AUGUUGCAGCUUGCCCGCGCUGCCCGCGCUGCUCUCCCUCGACCCUCCCCUUCGCUUCUCCGACCCUUCUCCUCCACACCCAUUCCUGCAGCCAAGCCGACGGGCAAGAAGUACCUCGACAAGAAAGGCAAUGAGCGCCGACAGCUCGUCUUCAUCGAGCGCGCCGGUUCUGCCACGUUCAAGCGUUACCUCCCUGUCACUCCUGGUCGUCGUCACCUGCGACAACCGCUUGCCGAGCACCUCCACAAGGGCGGUCCCUUCCGCCCACUGACGAUCGGGAAGCGCGCGACCGGUGGACGGAAUAACCAUGGCAAGAUCACGGUUCGUGGUCGCGGAGGAGGACACAAGCGUCGUCUCCGUCUCGUCGACUUCCACCGACGAGAAACGGGCGAGCAGGAGGUCGUUCGUAUCGAGUACGACCCGGGACGGACAGCGCACAUCGCUUUGCUCAAGCACAAGCAGACGGGCGCGAUGAGCUACAUCCUCGCGCCGGCCGAACUUCGCGCGGGCGACACGGUCCAGUCGUUCCGUUCGGGCAUCCCCAAACAUUUCCUCCUCGAUCGGUCUGAGGAGGCGCUCAUCAGCGGUGAGGUGCAACCGGAAGACCACGGCCUCGUCGACCCCGCUGCGCCUCAGAGCACCCGCGCGCCAACCGGUCCCGGCGGCAUCCCCAAGCUCCCCGACAUCCACGAGAUCGACGUCACCACCCUGCGCGCCCAGGCUCUCAAGCCCGGCAACUGCCUCCCCGUGCGCCUCAUCCCCGUCGGUACCGUCGUCCACAGCAUCUCGCUCUCCAACACCGGCCCAGGCGUCAUGGUCCGCUCGGCGGGUACAAGUGCUCGGAUUGUCGCGCCCGCUGGGCCAGGCGGCAAGCAUGUCCAGGUCAAGUUGAACUCGGGCGAGACUCGUUAUGUCCCGCUUGACGGUGUCGCAACGGUCGGCUCGGUCAGCAACGCCGACUACCAGCACACGAACCUCGGAAAGGCCGGAAGGAUGAGGUGGCUCGGUUUCCGUCCGGUUACGCGCGGUACGGCGAUGAACGCGACAGACCACCCGCACGGAGGUGGACGUGGAAAGUCGAAGGGUGGAAACCACCCGAGGGACAAGUGGAACAACGGCACGAAGGGGCAGCGGACUCGCCCGCCCAGCAGCAAGCGCGGCAACAAGCUCGUCGUGCACGAGCGCCCAGCGUACGGUCAGAAGAAGAGGCGCAGUCGCGGUUAG